AGCUUUGUAUCAAUGUGCCUCCAAAACAAGAAAGAAAAAGAAUCAUGUUCCUUUCUUUCACGUUUCUCUUGACAUUAAUAUCAUCAUCUACGUUUCAUGAUAAUCACACACCACCAUCCACCAAAAUAUCCAUCACAAACCACAACAUUCAAAGCUUCACCAAUGCUGGCAUAGGCAACAAUAUCACUGGAAUAUCACAGUUCAAAAGAUACCUAUCUCGUUUUGGAUAUCUUAAUCCACCACAUGAUCAUAACAACAGAAUCAUCACUUUCAGCGACGAAUUCGAUGCUAGUUUUGAAUCAGCGCUAAUCAAAUACCAACGGAAUCUUGGAGUCCAAGUAACUGGAAAACUCGAUACCAACACAGUUUCUGAAAUGAUGACACCAAGAUGCGGUGUUCCAGACACAAAAACUCAUCAUCAACAUAACAACAUGACGAAGAUGCAUUCAACAAAGCACUUUGUAUAUUUUCCAGGAAAACCAAGAUGGUCACGUGACAACGACAUGCCAAUCACACUAAACUACGCCUUCUCACGUGAAUACAUGAUUCAUAAUAUAAACAUGCAAGACAUAAAAAAAACAUUCAAAAGAGCAUUCUCUAGAUGGAGUAGGGUUAUUCCGGUGAGUUUUAUUGAAACUGAAGAUUAUAGUUUUGCAGAUAUUAAAAUAGGGUUUUAUAGUGGUGAUCAUGGUGAUGGUGAAGCAUUUGAUGGAGUUCUAGGAGUGUUAGCACAUUCUUUCUCGCCGGAGAUAGGAAGACUACAUCUGGAUGCAGCGGAGACGUGGGCGGUGGAUAUGGAUGGUACUAAGUCGGAGGUGGCGAUAGAUUUGGAGUCAGUAGCAACACAUGAGAUUGGACAUUUGUUAGGUUUGUCACAUAGUUGUGUGAAAGAAGCUGUUAUGUAUCCAAGUUUAAGGCCAAGAGAUAAAAGAGCAGAUUUGAAUAUUGAUGAUAUUAAAGGAGUUCAAUCACUUUAUGGAUCUAAUCCUAAUUUUAGAUCUCACUGGUCAUUGGGAUCUGAUCUUUCCACUAAUCAUGCUGCAAACUUUGGACUUCAUACUUUAAUAAUUGCUUUCAUUUUUGCCCAAUUCAUUCACAUUGUUUUAUAAUUUCAACCUUUCUAUAUACUUCUAAUACUUUGAAGCCGGCCAUAUGUUUAAAUUUCUAGCAGGCUCAAUUUUUUAUGAGAGCCCAGCCCGAUCCAACUAAAACAGAACACAAGUCCAGACAUCUAAAUAAAAUUACAUUAAUAUUUGUGUACCCAAAA